UGUUGUAAAUCCAACAAGGAGAUGACGAAUGAUGGAGGAGGCACGUGGUCCACUCCGGGACCCUCACCCGCUCCCUCCAGCCCCACCUGCUACAGGGGCACUCUCAUAUUCGGCCUCCUCUUCUUCCUCGGAGCUGGAGUCUUUGUAGGACUGCUUAUCGCGUACCUGAUACAGGAGCAGCAUGACUUCAUGGAGACAGUUGAGCUGAAGGGUCUCAAGCAUGAUCCGUCUCUACAGGAUCCAAACUCGGGCUUCUCCUUAGUACUGACAUCUGUACUAAAAUCAAAGAUCAAAAAUGUUUUCGCUUCCUCAUCCAUAUCGCAUCACUACGUCGACUGUAAUAUUAUUGCUUUUGGCAACAUGAAUGGUGAUGUGAUGGCAACAUUCAGGCUGGUCUUCGCGGUUUCCAAAUUUCAACAGUAUUCGGAAAACUUCAUUCAGGACCUGCUGAGGGCGGGGCUCACCUCGGUGAUGCACGGCAAUCCGCUGGAGGUUCCCCAGUUUGGACACAUCAAUGCUAUCGUCUUACUGGGUGCCAGUGGGAAGUCAUUUUACAAUAUUGGAGAUGAUACGCUGGGUGAGGAGAGUUGCCCCGAGAGCGCCUUUACCUGUGACAACGGCGAAUGCAUCACCAAAUUAAACCCCGAGUGUGACUUUGUAUCAGACUGUGCAGAUGGAUCUGAUGAAGCUCGUUGUGCCUGUGGCACACGUAGCGCCACGGGGAAUCGUAUCGUGGGCGGUGAAGAUGCCCGACAAGGAGAGCUGCCGUGGCAGGUCAGUCUCAGGCUGCAUGGGCAGCACACUUGUGGAGCCUCCAUUAUCAACGAAAGGUGGCUGGUCAGUGCCGCGCACUGCUUUGAAACGUAG